ACACACAUACACCCAACCAGCAUCAUACACAACACAUCGCUUUUCACAUCCUUGCUUGGCAAUUGUAAGCACUUUGAGCCCCCCCGCAACAACAAACAAUGACAAUAAGUUCAAAAAACCCACAUCAUCUCCCAAAGAUUUCAUCUUAAGAGCAAUAACACGAAGCAGCAGGUAGUCUACUGCUACUACUACUUGCUGGCUAAAGGCGUAAGGAGUAACUUUUAAUCAUAGUAGUUGGAGCAGAGACAAGAAGGUGGAAGUUGGCAAAGGGAUAUAGACAACUCAUUCCACCAUUCUCGCCACACACUUCCAGCAACAAUGACCGACCUAAGACGCUCGGUCGAUAUAUCAGCACGUUAUCACCAUCAGCAACAGCAACAGCAAAACAAUUCCCACGACACCUACCGUUCGAGCUGUAGUUCAACGCCCGAGCCCAAGCCCCAGCUGACUUUGUGCAAGAGUCUAAGCAAUGGCGGCAGCUAUCGUCAUCCACUGCUGCAAACGCUGUCCGAUCAUCCGCACAUGAACAGCACCGGUGGCGGCAGCUCCAGCACCAGCACCACUGCCACAGCCACCACAAUUGGACGCAGCUCUCAGUACAUCAGCGAGAACGGCAAUCACAAUUCUUCCAUGGGCGAGAUACAGUUUGACGAAAGGGAAAUCUACUAUGUGUCGCCCUCGAAGCGGAAAAGUUCCCUAAGUGCCACCCAGACACCGACGCUGCGCAGUAGCAUGCGUGCCUGUGAACGCCUGAGGUCCUUCAGCCCCACCUCAGCGGCUGCCAUAGCUCCCACAUACCCGCCUAUAAUGCCUUCUGCUGCCUAUGGCGCCCGCCUAAGCGGUACCAUUGGCCAAGAUCUUAGUUUUGACAACUACGAAGCCUCCUCCCACUACUCGGAUACGGCCAUGCAGGUGCUCAGAUCCGGCAGCUGCUCGGCCAUGGCCAGCAUGCUGAAUACCAACAAUCUCAUCAAUAACUCCUCCAACAACCCAGCAGCCACAAUGGCCAGUGGCAAUGAUUCCUCCGCCAGCCAUUUGCAGCAUCGUUCACAGAACAACGUUACCUUCUCCAAUCACAUUACCGAACAGCGUGCUAUGACACCACAAAAUCGUGGUUCACUACGCCGCAGCAAGGGACGCAGCAACCAAUCGCUUUGCAGCUGUGAUGCCGGCUCCGAUGCCGAGCUUAAUCCUGAUCCCACACGGCCCUUGUACGAGUAUAGCCUGGAGCGACGCCGCAAGGUUCACACAUAUACGUGUGAACAAAAUGCUCAAAUAUUAUUACGUUUGGAGCGUGAACGCAAUCGCAAGUUAUCGUUGGGUGGUGUUGGCAGCAGCAAAGAAGAUAUCGAGAGCGAUGUCUUUAGUUCUUCAGACACUGAAACCAUACCUCCAGUACCCCCACCGCCGGCUAUGAAACGUAAUGGCAGCAUACGCAGCUUGCGUCUGUUGCAACAUCUGCAGCAACAGCAACAGCAAAACCAACACCAGACGCCGAAUCCAAGAUCAACAAUUCAUUGCAAUGGCAAACCGCAGACUAUGGUUCAGGGCAAUGGCAUCCACCAUAACAACAACACUGCCAAUGGUGGCAACAACCACAACAAUAACAACAAUGCUGGCGGCAGCCAUAGUAAUGCGUCCAUAGCUACUCUAUGCAGCGGUGAUUUAUUGAAUGAUUGUGCCAAAAGUGUUCACGAUGUACGGACUGUGAUUGACGAUUGCACCACUUCCAUAUUGAAAUGUGCCAAUGCCGUGAGUUCGGACAUCAUGUCGACGACCAGUACAACGACCAACGGCAGCUACAAGCCUCAACUGGCCACCCUGACUACGGCCCAUGGCAAGCCCGAUGUAUGCCAUGUUACCAAAACAUCGACAUCCGCUUCCGCUGCAGCGGCUGUCGUUAAUAGCUCCCUGUAUGGUAAAUAUCCCCCGCCCUAUGCUGUGCACGAUGACAUUACUGUGCCACGAAGCCAAAAGUCUGACCCGUCUUUGUGUUUCCUGCACAAGGGCUCAUCGGGAGCCAUAAAUGUGGGACCCCCACCAGCGAUGGCUGGCUAUAAUGGCACAGAUUUGCAUCUUUCGCAACGUGAUUUACAGCAAAAGCUGCAGCAGUACAAGAAUAGCAGCCGUUUGAGCCUUAGCAAAUACAACACCAUUGGACCGAGCAGUGAUUACGCCCGCCAAUUGGCCAUGUAUUCGUCGCAACAGCAGCCGUAUAAUUAUCACCACCAGCAGCAGCAGCAACAACAACAGACACACUUCUCCACCAUGCGUCCCUUGGGGGCUGGUGAGCGAUGUCGUUGCUUCUCCAAAUCAUGGUCGAAUUUCUCGAGUGAUUUCUUGCAAUCAUCACUCUGUGCCAACCACGACAAUCACACGAUGCCACAUCAGCUACAACAGAUCUUCCACAACGCCAAAGCGCCCGCCUCGGCCAAAGGUAGGAACGAAGUGACACAGCAACCAUCUUUGUUGCGGUCCAACCCCUCCUACACUAGUCGUAGUUUCAAUAAUCUCAUAGAUAUUGUGGACAAUUAUAACUAUGAUCCCAUGGGCAUGACGACAAAGUCAUCAUCCCUGCAUCAUCAUCAAUUGCAUGCGACCAAUUCACAGGUGUGCAAUGGCAACGCCACCCUCAUAUCGAACAGUAGUGGCCUUAAAGAUAACAAACUUUUGCACGGUCAUCAGCAUCUUCAUCAGCACUACCCCACCACCAACCAGCACAAAGACUUUCAUUGUGACGAUCAUCAUGUGGUGGCGGAUGGCCACCAGCAUCACCAUCAUCACACAUUAGUGGGCAGCGGCAGUGGCCACCAGCUCAAAUCAUCGUCAGAGAAAUUCAACAGCAGCAAUCAUCAUCCGCCACAUCAUUCCAGUUUGACUAGCAUUAUGCCAUGGAAGCAUAGACAAAGUCCUAGCCGUGGCUCUUCCAGUUCGGGUACCAAUUCAUUUCGAUUUGAUGCUGCAAAACAUUGGCUUGCUGUUAGUUCGAUACUUUUAAUCAUCGGUGCUGCAAGUGUUGCCGUGCCAUUGGCUUUAAGAGUGGCUGCAAGUGCUCCAUUCGAAGAACGUCUACGUGUUGCCCUACAACUCUUAGAUCAAGUGCCUUUAAUUGAUGGGCAUAACGACCUACCCUGGAAUAUAAGAAAGUUCCUGCACAAUAAACUCAAUGACUUUAACUUUAAUGAAGAUCUCCGAGAAGUUGAUCCAUGGAAGCGCAGCAAUUGGAGUCACACUGAUUUAACACGUCUGAAAAAGGGCAAGAUAUCAGCGCAGUUUUGGGCAGCAUAUGUUCCCUGUGAAGCGCAACAUCGUGAUGCAGUGCAACUAACGUUGGAACAAAUCGAUGUCAUAAAACGUUUAACGGAUCGUUAUUCACCGCAGCUGACGACGUGUACCUCAGCCCAAGAUAUCAUCGAGGCCCACAAGAAUCACCAGCUGUGCUCGCUGACGGGCGUGGAAGGUGGUCAUUCACUGGGCGGUUCUUUGGCUGUGCUCAGAACUUUGUAUGCCAUGGGUGUACGGUAUAUGACACUGACAUCGACGUGUCACACACCAUGGGCGGAUUCCAGUAAUGCAGAUGCACCAACAUUCAACGUUAAACACGGAGGUUUAACGAUAUUUGGCAAGACAAUCAUACGUGAAAUGAAUCGUUUGGGCAUGAUGGUCGAUUUGUCACAUGUCUCAACGGGCACCAUGCGUGAUGCCUUGGAAGUCAGCGAAGCACCUGUGAUAUUUUCCCAUUCAUCAGCCUAUGAGUUGUGUAAUACGAGUCGCAAUGUUCAGGAUGAUAUGCUGCAAUCGAUGGCCAAAAAUGGAGGCAUCAUUAUGGUCAACUUCUAUUCGAAAUUUUUGACAUGCAGUGACAAUGCCAGUGUGCAUGAUGCAGUCGCUCAUAUAAAUCACAUUAAGCGCGUUGCUGGCAUUGAUCAUGUGGGCCUUGGUGCCGGAUACGAUGGAAUCAAUUUCACCCCCAAAGGCCUGGAAGAUGUCUCCUCUUAUCCAACCCUCUUUGCCGAGCUGCUUGGGGUAGGCUGGUCCAUUGAAGAUCUCACCAAAUUGGCUGGGGGCAAUUUCCUGCGGGUUAUGCAACAGGUGGAGAAGGUGCGUGAUGAAAAACGUGCCGCUGGCAUCAAACCCUACGAGGACCAUCCCAAUUUCCGGGCUGAAGACCCAUACAACUGCACAACCAGUUAAUCGUAUGUGGGUCCUUAGAUGCCCUUGGUGUCCCAAGGAUUAGUUUAGGUUGUAAAGUAGCCAACAACAGAAAUGAACAAAACAAGUAAAAAGUUUAACACAUGGAUGCAGACUGGGCCAUAACCGUAACACAACAUAAUCCAUUCACUCGACAGGAGAGAAGAGUUCGCAGUGAAGUUGCUGUUCAAAAUGAGCACAUUUUUGUACUCGUAGAUAAUACCAAUAAAUUUAUUUGGUUAAAUUAAAAUUUAAGUACAACAUCGUAUGUAAGAUAUGAGGAAGUUAGCUCAAGCAUAUAGUCUAAAAUGUAUGAGCAAACAAAUAUGUAAAAAUUAAUUUAGUAAUAUUUGUUAUGUAAUAAGAAGGAAGAAUAUAGGCAAUUUUUUUAUUUGUUUUUAAAGCUUUAUUAGGGUAAAUUAUUUAUUGACACAAUUAUUAUAUCUUGUUUGAAAUUUCUUAACAAAUAUGUCUUCUAUUAUUAUUGCAAAUAGGGGUUGCUUACUUAUUGUAAGGAAUAGUACUUUUUGCCUUUGUUUUGACAAGUUAGUCAAGAAACUAUAAUUGGCUUAAUAGCCCUACACCUAUGGAAAAAAAUCAACCACGGCGUUGUUAAUUUGACCCAUUCGAAAAAACUCACAAACAAAAAUUACUGCAAAUCUUAGAUUUUUUUUAUUAAAAUUAGUGCUCUGUGGCAUAUGUCGCUGGAAAUACCGUGUUCGGCGAUAGGGCCCAUUACUGUCUAAUUGUAUACGUAAACAAGCAAAACCAUCACAUCUGGGGUGAAGAACAGCCACAUGACAUAACAGAGAUUAUACCAUUUUUUCACGUAACCAACACGCAGGGGUUGUCCCCUAUAUAUGCAGUGCAUUGGGUUGGCAAUUAGGAAAGUUUAGGGUUGGAGGGGGAAAAGAGGGAGUAGUGUUUAUUGAUAUUCGUCUUAAAUUUCUGAACGUCAAUGUCGGUGGUAAAGACAUUAGCCGGAAGUCGAUUCCACAUACAAAUGGUUCGGUCGAAAAAUGAAUUUUCUCGUUAAUGCAUGGUUCGGUCAACUGGCCAAUCGAUUCCAAAUGGGUGUGAGUUCCUGGCAAGUCUUGUAUUCCUGGUGAACAUCCUAACGUCAGGGAUAUGAAGAUGAAUAUCCCUGGAACACAAAAAUGCAAAAAAAUUAAAAUUUUGCCCUAAGGAACGGGGGCAAACUUCUCACAUAUCAAUGAAUGGAGUCCGAUUCAAGUUUUAAGCUCAAUGAUAAGGGCAGUAGCCGCAGUACGACACCUCUUUGGAGGGAUGUUUUACAUGGCAUAGUACCUCACAAAUGUUGCCAGCAUUAGGAGGGGAAAACCAACGUUGAAAAUUUUUUUCUGAUGGUCUCGCCAGGAUUCGAACCCAGACGUUCAACGUCAUAGGCGGACAUGCAAACCUCUGCGCUACGGUGGCCUCCCUGGAACACACGCCAUGAAAAUAACGAUAGAGCAAUACAACACUACCCACAUUCCGACGAUGUUCAAGAGAAGCAAUAGAGUUGGAUACCCUACUGUCCCCAAUUAACACCAUCGCUCUCCGUUGAACACGGUCAAGUAGCUCCAAAGAUGGUUUUGGAGCUCCUGCCCACGUAUGAGAGUUAUAUUCCAUCCUCGGCCUGAUGUAGGUAGCAUAAAUAUUGAGAAGAUCAGAAGAGGUGAAAUAUUUCUUGCACCGCUAAAGAAAGCCCAAACACUUGAAUGCUUCACUUCGAAUACGUGUUUUAACCAACUGACAUCACAUUGUAUCUUCAUGCCCAGAACAUCAAGAGCAUCUGAGUGUUCAAUAUCCAUACCGUAGAUUAAUAUCGACGAUUGAAGUGGAUCAGUGAAUCGCUUGUGAGACUAGAAAUAGCACUGCGUCUUCUGUGCGUUAAAGUCUACUCUGUUCAUUCUACCUCACUCGGAAAUGGCCAAUAAAUCCUGGGAGAGCGUCUCAUUUAUAAUGCGCAUCCUGUCCACAAUUUCUUGAGGACUGGGCCUAUGGUCAAAUAAAUAUGAAUGACACAGACUGCUGUCAUUGGCAAAUGAGUAGACUGGUUUCGAAGUCUGACCCAAUAUAUCGUCAAAUAAAAAAAUAAGAAAAAGGGAAGGGAAAGGGGAUAGGACAGAGCCUUGUGGCACACCUGCGGUCAAUGUAUACUCAUCUGAUGAGAACCCAUCUACAACAACUUGUAUAGUGAGAUCUCUGUGAAAGCUCGAUAUAAAUCGAACGAAGUUUUUACCGACUCCAAAACAGGCAUUGAGUUUGGCCGGGCCGAAAUUUGGAUACCCAUCACCUCGAAUACAUUUUGUCAUUGUAUGGUGAAAAAUACAUCACUUAUGAACCCAUUACAGCUAUAUCUAAAAAGAGUCCGAUCUCCACCUU